AUGUUUGUUCCCGUCUUUACAAUCAAGUUCCUUGCAAUUCUGUCCUUUCUCUUUGCCAUCGUUUCUGGAAACCCUAUCAAGCGUAGUGAGGAAGAAGCUACAGGAGUGAGAAUUUCAGGUCUUUUUGGUCUUUUUACUACGCUUGCUACUUCUGCUUUGACGACUGGUGAGCAGGUUGGCAUCGUCAUCCUCUCCAGCCAAACCAUCUUCAUCCAAGAACCCAACUUCUUCCCCGCCACAGAAUGGGGCGUUCCGGAACCCACACGCUCCAGCACCAGCUCUAGCACCAGCACUCUCGCUGCGGGAGCCGUUGCUGUGACGAGUACAUUUGGGAAUACACCAUAUAGUUUUCCUACCCCUGGGUUCCCUGCUGCAAGCACGCAGGUUGAUGCUUCUGCAUCUGAAGAUUCGUCUACUGAUGCUCAGGCUUCUACUUCCGCAUCUGAUGCUUCUGUUACCGACACUCCGGCUCCAGCUUCUGCAUCUGCAUCCGAAGAUUCAAUCCCACCACUAAUCCUAACCCCCUUAAUCGGCGACAAACAACAAAUCGCCGCCACAACAACAUCAUGCAACCCCGCCAUCGCAGGCGUCACAAUCCCCGCUAGCGCUCUCACAACCGGCGAAUUUGUCGCGGUCGAAGUUCUCUGCGAGGAAACAAUUUAUAUCCAAGAGCCCAAUUUCUACCCCACAAAGACCUUUUACGGUAUCCCUGCAUCUUGGACACUAAAUACCACGGACAUCACGUCCACAUCUACAUCUACGAUGUGCAAUACCGCUGUUGCAGGUACUACGAUCCCCGUCAGUGCUCUCACGACUGGCGAAUUGGUCGCGGUGGAAACUCUUUGUGGUGAGACAGUUUAUAUUCAGGAACCUAAUUUUUAUCCUACCAAGACGUAUUAUGGUGUUUCUGCUUCUACUUCUACAAUGAGUGCAUCUUCAACAAGCACAAUUGUAGAUGUUGAACCGCAGGUGAUGGAGAAGCGUGCUGGAGAUAGUGUACCAUUCUUUGCGAAUAACAUGCCGACUUCCCUGCGUCAUGUGAAUGCGAAUCGGAUCCAGAGUAUUGAGUGUGGUGCAGCUGGGGCUUCUGAGUAG